CCCCACUACUUCAUGGCCUGGCGCAUACAUAUGACCACUGGAAAUCGGUCGCAGAUUGUUUGUGUUUUACACCGAUCUCUCGUCCGUUGGAUUAAGUAUGCGUUCGAUGAUCAAAGUCGAUAGCGUCCAAGCCGUUCAUCCGAAGCAUCUGCAUGAUGUAAGAUCUCCAAAGUCUGGAACCGGCAGAUUCGUAAACUGCAAUGACAUCAAGCACCUCGAGCUGAUGCAAUGUUGGCAUGUUCGUCUAUCAAGCGGCGCAGCGACGCCGCUUCAUUCCCGCUCCGCGCUGCGUUUGCAAGGAUGGAGAGAAGAAAAAGCGGGAUCAUGAUGAUUCGAUUCGGUCGCGAAUGAACGCGAACCGCUAUCCGCGAGCAGCUCGUCCGGGUUUGCUUCCACCGGCGACCUCCUUGCUUACGUUGGUGCGAUCGAACUCAAUGACUCGCAGGAUGUACAGCUUGGCGAUCUAGCCAGGGCCGAUCUGGAAUCUCAAUUAUGCCGCGAGAUUGUCCAGAUCGUCAACCUCUGUCCCGUGAAAAUGCAUCGGCGCGCGCGGAGUCCGACUGCUUCUUCCGCCGCACCGCACCACGCUGGUCUUGGAGUCAGCGUCCCAUACGGCUCUCGGUCAUUGGCCCGGACUCAUGCCCGCGGCGAGCCGGAGACGAACACCGGAGACGCGUCAGCCCGGCCGUGCGCGGCUUGACUUGAACGUAUUGUUACUCUCAUUCGUCACAUCGAUAUGAAUGACCAGUGUGGAAACCUCUUCGGGUGAAAUAUGAUCUGUUCUAACGCUCGUUA